UUGAGUAAAAUCUCCGAUGCAAAACAAGAAUCCUUGUCGACAGUUAUUAUUCCGUAGGAUUUUACUAACAAUCAUUUGAUCUUUGUAUGCUUCGAGGUGUUGGUGGAAAACGGAGAAUCCUGCUUCCGUUUCCUUUUGGGUACCUUGGUUCUAAUAUACUUUGUGCACGUCGUGAAAGAUUUUGUAGUCAAAGCUUCAGCGAAGGAACAUCUAAAACUGUACAUAAGCCAUUGGACCCCGUUCGUGAAUUGCGUUUAAAGAUUGAAUCAUCCAUCUAUUUUUGCAGAGGUUCGCUCUCAGCCAGGGAACCAUUUUUCAACAUGUUGGCCGACGAGAAAAUAGGUGCGGAAGAGACGCACCAAGAACAUGUAGGUGUCAUUGCGGUAACUAGGAGUGACAGAGCUGACAAGUUGAUCGUAGAAGGACGAGAAUAAUGUAGCCCACGUCAAGGUGGUGAGCGGGGAUGAGGCUUUUGCGCAAGCAAUGUUGAAGGAGCCACCAAAAACGUGGUCAGGUCGAUCCUUUAUACUAUACGCCUGCGCUGUGGUAGCUUUCUUCUGCAGUACAUGCAACGGAUUCGAUGGCUCCAUGUUCAACUCCCUCCUCGCAAUGGAGCAGUUUAGAAAGUACUUUAACGUUCAAAACGAUGGUGCUUGGACGGGCAUAGUUACAUCGAUGUAUUCGAUCGGAAGCGUUGUUGCUAUUCCAUUCAUUGGACCAGCGAUUGAUACUUGGGGAAGAAAAGUCGGUAUUUAUAUUGGAGCAUCAUCGAUUGUCUUGGGAACGAUAAUCCAGUCCACCACACUCCACUCGAGUAAUGUGAUCGGACAAUUUAUGGGCGGCAGAUUUUUACUUGGAUUUGGUGUGGGAAUAGUUGCAUCGGCGGGACCAACGUGCGUAAUGACAAGUCUCAAGUCAAGCUGAAAACUUUAAAAGCUAACUUGUCACAAGAUAUGUUGUUGAAACAUCGCAUCCUGCCCAUCGAGGCGUUGUCACUGCUGUAAGUCCACAUAACUCUUGAAACAUAAGCAUUGAACUGACUAGCCUCAUAGUUCUACAACACAUUUUGGUGAGUUACAUAAUACACAAUACUUGAUACCCUCCAAGAUAAUCAGUUUUUUGAAACCUCAACUUCACCAGAAACCCGUGGCUAACCCUAGAUAAGGUUUGUUGGCUCAAUCCUUGCUUCUGGAGCUGCACGAGGAAGUGCAAAUCUAUCUGGCAAUAUGGCUUGGCAAGUUCCAGUCUGGCUGCAAAUGGCAUUUCCGGGACUUUGCAUCUGCUUGGCAUGGGCUCUUCCUGAAAGUCCACGCUGGCAAUAUGUACACGGUCAGCGAGAAAAGGCGAAAGCAAUGCUUACACGAUAUCAUGGCGAAGGGAAUCCGAAUAGCAUUUGGGUCGAAAUGCAGCUUAAUGAGUAUGAAGAGUAUUUGGAGAUGGAUGGUGCCGAUAAAAGAUGGUGGGAUUAUCGAGCGCUAUUCAAAGACAGAGCUUCAAGAUAUCGCUUAGCCUGCAACUGCACAAUUGCUAUAUUUGGACAGUGGGCUGGAAAUGGUAUAUCAAAUACUCAAUUUAUGAUCCAAUAUGCUGACUCGACGUCAAGGUCCACUUUCGUACUUUAUUUCAGCUGUUCUUGACACAGCUGGAAUCACGAACUCGAUAACACAACUUAACCUCAACCUGGGUCUAAAUGUCAUGCAAUUUGGGCUGGCUCUAUUCGGCGCUUCGCUCGUGGAUAAAGUUGGGCGGCGUCCAUUAUUAUUAUUCGCAAACAUCGGAUGCGCCAUAGUGUGGAUCGGAGCCACUGUCUCAUCAUCCAUCAAUUCCAGCACAGGUAGCAAGAGCAGUGGUGCAGCUGUUGUGGCCAUGAUAUUCCUCUUCGAUGCCAUCUUCAGCAUAGGUUUUACACCCUUACAAGCACUGUAUCCUGUCGAAGUCCUGAGUUUCGAGAUGAGGGCCAAAGGAAUGGCAUUCAGCAACUUUGCUGUGUCAGCAGGUAUGUUCUUCCUAGCUUACGCUCUCAGUUUUUUCAACUAACCACCACUGCUAGCGACUCUUGUAAAUCAGUUUGCAUAUCCUGUGGCCCUGGAAAAGAUCAAGUGGAAGACGUAUCUUGUUUUUGUGAUUUGGUGUCCAAUCCAAGCUCUUGUGAUAUACUUCUUCAUCCCUGAGACGAAGAACCGUACUGUAAGUUGCAAUCGGAAUUCUGUGAACAAUGAGCACAUCUGACCCUAUGCUAUAGUUGGAAGAAUUGGAUAACAUCUUCCGAGCAAAGAACCCAAGGAAAGCAUCUCUGGAGAAAAAGAAAUUGGCUAUUGACGAUGGUGCAAACGUUGUGAAGGUGGAAGAAGCCAUUUGAGAGCGACGGCGUCAAGAUGCGCUAGAGUUGCGGUGGUGAUAUAUCAUAUAUAUCAAGAUUUUUACUAAGAUUAGCUAGAGGGCAUCCUUGCAAUUCUCAUAGAGUAAACUUUGCAUUUAUAACAAAUAAUAACAAUUGAUAUGGGUUGCAAUCCCGUUGGAUAUAUAUUUUUCUUUUGGAACGUCGAAAAUGUAUUGAUUGAUAAUCUAUUGAAAAGGUCGUAAGGUCGUGAAGUCGGUAGGGAGCUUUGUCCAAUAAUAGGUACAUGUACUCAGCAGGUAAAUAUGGGUGGGGGAAGUUGGUGAUUGGCACAGCAGUUUUAGCGCUAAAUGAAUGCGUCGCAAUUGACUUUCUUGUCAUCUAAUGAACACUAUCGGAACCAAACACAAUACAACAGAAGACCAGAACACAACACAACACAACACAACACAAUAAUGAAAACAGCUUCAUAAUCUCCUUCAAACACAACAGUUUCCCAAACUUACGCUCUGUACCGCAUUUGUCACCAAGUGCUAGGCACCACAUGAAGCUCUCCGCCGCGACAAUGCUCUCCAGACUGCGCAUACCAAAGCAAAACGAAUCCAUCCAUCGUGCUACAUUCUAGCGACUUCCGCCCUCUAAGAUCUCACAAUACACUUAUACCCUAAAUGAUGGAAAAUGCCGGCUUUGCGACGUAUUCA